AUGACAAGGGACCAGAAUGGAACCUGGGAGUUGGAGAGUAAUGACAACUUUGAAGGCUUAAUGAAGGCUCUGGAUAUUGAUUUCGCCACCCGCAAGAUCGCCAUCCAUCUGGCUCAGACGAAGAUCAUUGAGCAAGACGGUGAUAACUUCAAGACGAAAACCAACAGCACGUUCCGAAACUACAACUUGGAUUUCACAGUCGGGGUGGAGUUUGAUGAGUACACGAAGGGCCUGGACAACCGGAAUGUUAAGACUCUGAUCACCUGGGAAGGUGAUGUCCUCGUGUGCGUGCAGAAGGGGGAAAAGAAGAACCGAGGCUGGAAGCAGUGGGUCGAGGGGGACAAGCUGCACCUGGAGCUGACGUGCGACGACCAGGUGUGCCAUCAAGUGUUCAAGAAGAAGUGA